UUCAUAGCCAUCAAAGUAAACUGUGUUGGGUCCUGCGGUGUGUCAAGCAAAGUUAACGAGACCUCAUGGAACGUAGAGGAGCAGUACUUCAGUGGAACCUUCUCACUGGCCGACAAAGGAACACUUCAGCCAGGAGAACACUCCUUCGCCUUCCAGUUUCUGUUACCAGCUGCUGCACCAACAUCUUUUGAGGGGCCUUUCGGUAAGGUGACGCAUCAGGUGAAGGCCGUUAUAGAAACGCGGAAGCUGUCUAAAGAUUACAAAGCCAGUAAACUUUUCUACAUCCUGCGACCCCUGGACCUGAAUGAGAUCCCAGAUAUAGAUCAACUCAGUUGUGCUACCGCCACCAAGAAGUUUAACUACAAGCUGGUGAAAUCAGGCCAGCUGCUGCUCAGUGUGACCUCUGACCUGCGGGGCUAUAUAGUGGGCCAAGCUAUCAAAAUUCACACAGAUGUGGAAAAUAAGUCCGGUCGGGACACGGGGGCCAUCAUGGCAUCUCUUAUCCAGAAAGUUGCCUAUAGAUCAAAGCGCUGCGUCUAUGACCUCCGGACAAUCGCAGAGGUUGAAGGGGCUCCAGUGAAGGCUUGGAAACACGCGGUAUGGGACGAGCAGAUCUUGGUGCCGGCUCUGCCGCAGUCAAUCCUACAAGGCUGCAAUCUCAUCCAAAUAGACUACUACCUCCAGGUGACAGUAAAAAAUCCAGAGGUGUCGGUGACGUUACCCAUCUACAUAGGAAAUAUACCAGUCAGUCAAGCCCGCUUAGGACUGAGACAUUCUAUAUCACAGUUGCCAGCCACUAUUGUCCCUUCAGCGCCCCCUGCUGAUGAUGACCAGUGUAGCAGCACCCAGCCAAUGGACAAUGUUUCUAUCCCCACCAAGUGCCACUCCCAGCAGCAAGCAAAUGCCCCAUUCUGCUAUGCACCUGAGCUGAACUUUCCGAAUGCACAGAUGGAAAAUCUAGGCUCUCCUACGCACCCGACUCUUUGCUUAUCCACAGGGUCCACAGUCCCUUAUUAUGCUGAGGGGGCAGUUGUUCCGGUGCCGACAGCCAGCACACUUAUUCUACCCCCUGAGUACAGCACAUGGGGUUAUCCUUAUGAUGCUCCACCAUCCUAUGAACAGAGCUGCAGCGAGGCCGGAGUCAGUAAUGAAAACUGA